CGUUUUAUAUAUGCUUUAUUCCUUUCUUUAAGAGCAUUCAGAUAAGCAUUAAUAUCAUGUGUAUAGUUCGCUUUAUUCUUCAAGAAGCUCACUUUGGUAUUUGGUUCUCUCUUCUGCUCUCUUUUUAUUUUAUUAAGUGGUUAUCUUCAGAUUAACGUGUCUGUAAAGGUGUUUUUCCCAGCUUUGGGCAGGAAUCUUUAAACGGAGAAAAUCACUUCUAAAACUCCAAUCAUGAAGAACCUUGCAAAACACCUAGAAUGUCCUAUAUAUAACCUAUUAUUAUUUGCCUCUAAUGCUCCUUAACCUACGCUAGCUCCUCUAGCCACCUGCUGGUACAAGUUUUGCCUAUAAAUUAAGAGAAGAAAGCUCCUAAUUUCUUUGAUUUGUACGCAACCAGCAGAAAAAAUUACACACUAUUCGGAGCCCUGAUCCAGAGCAUGCAGGUGAUUAUAAAUAUUAACCCUAAUCGGCAGGAACAUUCAAACAAGAGGGAUGCUGGUCAUGUGUUGCCAAGACAUCAUGAUCAGGAGCCAAAAAAGAGUUUUGUUGGGUGGGAUCAAGAGUACAGCAGUAGUACUACUAAAGAUCAGGGUAAAAACAAUAUGGGCAGCGAGAUGAAGAGCAUGCGCAAGCCUGGAGAAGAAAGCCUAGUAGUAAAGCAGGAAUAUUUAAGCGACAACGUCGUCGAAAGAGACACAAAACCCAAGCCUGUUGUGGAUAAUCCUACUGGGUAUGAUCCUUUUCUGUCGUCAAAAGGGGAGAGUACUGAUGUUCUCGGGGGAGGAGACAGCAACCAAGAUGAUCUGUUGUCAAAAGAGAAGAAAAAAGGUGGCAGAAGUACUCCAUAUUCUGACCCUUCAAAAAAUGUCGUGGACGGCGUUGCACGGACAAGUUCUCCACUUGAAAAGGAGAAGAAAGACACUCCCAAAAUUAUGACUGCAACUCGUUUAGGCCCUGGGGUCGAGCCAGAAAAUGUAGCAGCCCCGACUUACUCGCGUGGUACUCGACCAGUUGUACCUCAAACGACUCAAAGUCACUCUGAAAAUAAGACCGUCAUCGAGAGCUUUCCACCAGCAAUUCCAUCUUAUGAAAAGGAAAAGAAAGGGAUGACGGCGCCGGCCAUGCGCGCUCCUCGGAACGCAACUAUGUUAUCAAACGAAAAGUCGAAAGACAAUGCAGGGAAAAUCCAAAAUACCGAUCCUCCAAAGACGACUGCAACUCAUGUAGGUGUCCAGUCAAAAAAUGAAUCAGUGACGACGAGUAGAUCAACGUCGAAUCAGCCUCAGUAUGGUUAUCAAAAUACGCCCUUCGAGAGCAUCCCACAAACUCCAUCGUUUGAAAAGGAAAAGAAAGACGAUGGCGGGGGAACCCAAUAUUCCAACGCUUCAUCAAAAGCGAACGCAACUGAUCGUGUAGAGGCCGGCCGUUAUGUAGCCAACAAAGAUAUAGGGGUGCCACUAGUCCGCACUAACAAAGCUCGAGGGAAUAAUACAUCAACAACUACUGGACCGUAUCAAAAGCCAAAGAAAGGAGGCUGUUCCUGCUCCGUAUUAUAAGUCAAGAUCUGCAUGCGGAUCUAGGGGCCUGUGGAUCAUGUGGCCAAGCUGUUGCAUGCGGGAGGAGGCAAGUGGGUUAGUCGUGAUGUUUAUCGAACAUAAAAUGUAAAGAGCAGAGUGCAAAUCCGGAGGCAUGAAUGUAAGACAUGCGCAGAUUCUGUUUCUGCUGCUGCUUAUUUCAUAAUCUGACCGAUAAUGAAUAUUCUUAGUUCGGAGUUUUGAUCAGGGUGCUUGUUUAAUUUGUAAUUGAUCUGGAUAAAUAGCUGAAAGUUU